AGUUGGAGGAUCUGUACCACACGAAGGAAGAGUUGAAGUGCUUCAUAAUAAUAGGUGGGGCACAGUCUGUGAUGAUAAUUGGGACUAUAUAGAUGCGUCCGUUGUUUGUCGACAACUUGGAUUUAGCCCAACUGGGGCGGUUGCUCUCACGUCUGCCAGUUUUGGACAAGGUACUGGUCAAAUUUGGUUAGAUGAUGUUAAUUGUCAAGCAUCUAACAUGGCACUAGCUGAAUGUUCUCAUCUUGGUUGGGGAAAAGACAAUUGUAAACAUGACGAAGACGCGUCGGUGAUUUGCAAAGUUGUAACAUUGGUUGGAGGAUCAAAUUCUAUGGAAGGACGAGUGAUGGUAUGGCACAACGGCUCAUUUGGAAGAGUUUGUCCUGAUGGUUUUGGACAGGAAGAAGCUCAUGUAGUGUGUCGUCAAUUAGGAUUUAACAAUGAUGGUGGUGAUCAUGAUAUUAAUGUUGAUUUUGGUAAAGGAUCAGGUCCCAUUCUGGUAUCUAAUAUUAAUUGUAAAGGAAAUGAGUCAUAUUUAUCCAACUGCAAACGUCCAGAAUACAGAAUUGGAGAAUGCAGUGGCACACCUGAUGCCUCGGUCGUUUGUAAAUUUGUUCCAGUGCGACUAGUAAAUGGAUCAGGGUCACAUGAAGGAAGAGUGGAGGUGUUUGAUAGAAGAGAAUGGAAAACAGUUUGUGAUGAUUAUUGGGACGAUAAAGAUGCAUCUGUGGUUUGUAGACAACUAGGAUAUAGUGGGACAGGAGCAAUAAGUAAACACCGCGCCUACUUUGGAGAGGGACGUGGCAACAUAGUGACCCAAGUACAAUGUAAUGGAAAUGAAGAGUAUUUUACUGACUGUAAAUAUAGUUCUGUUAGCUCGUGUGGCCAUAAUAGAGACUCUUCUGUAAUUUGUAAAGUUGUAACAUUGGUUGGAGGAUCAAAUUCUAUGGAAGGACGAGUGAUGGUAUGGCACAACGGCUCAUUUGGAAGAGUUUGUCCUGAUGGUUUUGGACAGGAAGAAGCUCAUGUAGUGUGUCGUCAAUUAGGAUUUAACAACAAUGAAGGCGUUGAUCCUGAUAUUAAUGUUGAUUUUGGUAAAGGGUCAGGUCCCAUUCUGGUAUCUAAUAUUAAUUGUAAAGGAAAUGAGUCAUCUUUAUCCAACUGCAAACGUCCAGAAUUCAGAAUCGGAGAAUGCAGUGGCACAUCUGAUGUCUCGGUCGUUUGUAAAUGUAAGUCUAUAGAAACAGUAACCAGUCAUUCUUACAGGACAUAUAUUAACAAUCUGUUUGUAUAUCGGUCCUUUAAUUUAAACUAA